AGCAGUGAUUCUUGGGAGCACUGUGUUAUCUUUUCUGGAGACGUCUUUCCUCCAGCCUCCAACAGGCUUGCCUGGCUGCCAUGGGAGACUCACAUUUUGAAUCUGUUCCAGAGUCCAUUUAAAUACUUGAGUGAAAGAAUAUAGCUGAGAGCCCCAUGGAAAGGUGAUCUUUCUCAUGAAAGGUUUCUGCACUUUAGAACUUAAAUGCAAAUAGCCAAGGAGAAAGGACCACCAAGGUUGUUUCAGGCAGUCCCCUGCCUUCGCAGCCUUUCACAGAUACUUCUAAAGACUUCAUAAGUAAAGAUCAAAAGCUGUGUCUUCAAUAUAACACAAAAGAAGAAAUAUUUCUCUUAAGGAGUCCAAGGAUGCUGUUCAUAAGUGUCAGCUGUUCUGCUGGCAUGAGCUGGAGGUGGCAAGGUGGUUGUGGGUUUGCUCUCCAACAGAACAGUGGCUAUGGUGGAAGUUCAGCUUGACCCAGACCACGACUAUCCUCAGGGGCUCUUGAUAGCCUUCAGUGCCUGCACUACUGUGCUUGUUGCAGUUCACCUUUUUGCACUCAUGAUAAGUACCUGCAUCCUCCCAAACAUAGAGGCUGUUAGCAAUGUGCAUAACCUCAACUCUGUCAAGGAAUCUCCUCACGAGCGCAUGCACCGGCACAUUGAGCUCGCCUGGGCGUUCUCCACUGUCAUUGGCACUUUGCUCUUUCUUGCAGAAGUGGUGUUACUAUGCUGGGUCAAGUUUCUUCCUUUAAAGAAGAAAACUGACAACACCCCACAGAGCAACAGUUCUACCAUCACAUCAGGACAGGCAGCAGCCAUUGCAUCCACGUCCAUCAUGGUGCCCUUUGGAUUGAUUUUCAUUGUGUUUGCAGUUCACUUCUACCGGUCACUGGUGAGCCACAAAACAGACAGGCAAUUUCAGGAACUCAAUGAACUUGCUGAAUUUGCACGGCUACAGGAUCAGCUGGAUCACAGAGGUGAUGCUGUCACCUCAGCUGUCACCAAUUUUGUGUAAACCUGUGCUUAAGAAAAUAAACCCACUCUUCUGCUUCUGCCUUAUGGUGACUCCCUGUGGAUGAACUGGUUGAACUGCUGAUUACUGUUUAAAGAAUAAUUAUAAAUAUUGUUCUAACCCUUUAGAGAGGGAAAAAAUGUUCCUUUCAUACAAGUUUUGCUAUCUGAAGGAAUGGAUGGUGGGGUGUGAUUGCACUGCAUGUGCAGCCCUCCUCCUGUGAACACUGUCUCGCAUCUUUCUCGUUAAUGCUGAAUGGUGGCUGUAUAAAUACAUGGAAAAUAACAUUGUACAUUUGGGUAUUUGUUAGGAAUGGAUAGAGAAGUUGUGGAUUUUUUUUCUCUGUUUAUCUGAUGUUGGCAUUUACUAGAAGAUACUGCUUGUCCUAUCCAUAUUGCAUGGCAUGAUACAAAUUACUUGGGACAUGCAGCAAUUAGCGCUCGGUUUCGGUGCUAGCGCUGCUCUCCCUGGAAAGCCUGACAGAUGGUAGGAGUGAGAGCUUCCCCAGCACUUUCCCCAGUAUGUUUUGCUGCCAAGUAAUUAUUACUUUGCUGAUUUCUCCAGUGCCUUUUUCCCGUGGCACUUACACAUUUUGUAACUUGCUAAACACCCAGGACUAGACUUACUGCGAUGUGGUGUGGCCACAUGAGUAGGAAUGAGACUCGACUCUUCUCUUCCAUGGAAGAAAAUAAAAGCAAUAACUGUUUUUUAAAGUUCUCAUGAGCUGGCACAUAUUAUCUGGAGAGAUAGAUUUGCCUGUUUCUCUUUUAAGAAUCCUUUUUUAAAAAGAAGGAACUAGAUGGAAAUUAUCACUGGAUAAUUUUUUUUGCUUGAAAAUCAGAACCACUGCUGUUUCUUUUCCAAGCCAAAGUAGUAAUUAUUUUAUACUUUUAUAUUGAAAAUAUAUUUUUAAUAAAUCCUCAGAAGCAAGCAGCAAAAGGUGCUUUCUCUGUGUUGGAUUCCCAAGUAAUUAGCUAUGCCUUGGUCUUCCUUGUUUAGAAAAGUGUUCUCCUUGCUGAAGUGUUGUAUUUAAUAACUCAUUUUACAUUUUUGCUUCCAAAGGAUCUGGAAGACAACUUGAUGUAUAUUUAUUUAUGAAAGUAGGUUAUUUGUAAUUAAUACUGCUGCUUUCUUUCAGACACCUCUGUGACAGCAAGGCUACUGUGUUAAUUUCCUCUAAGCAAAAACCUCCAUUUGAUAAAAGGUUUGCCCAGGAAAGAUUCCAGCAGUUGUCCUGGGCUGCUUCAGUAAUUCUGGCUAUGUCUAGGAGUUGAAUUUUUUGGAGCACAACUCUUCUGUAGAGUAGCUUUGGGCUUUCAUGGGUAAAAGCUGUUUUUUGAACACAAACUGAGACAAGUUUCAAGCCAAAGGGAAAAAAAAACCCAAACCUAGCUAUCACUAGUCAUAGCUAUCCCUGUGGAAUAGAAACCUGGGACUUUGCCAUGAGACAGGAGGGACUGGGACAGCCCAGUGAGCUGUGCCUGACAGCCUGGGCUGAACGUGGUCACUCACACCAACCUCCAGCCCAGGUUAUUCCAACGUGUUUGCAAUCUGCACCAAGUGUCUGUGGAGUUCAAGUGCAGAGUGUGGUUACUACUGGAGCAGAUGGGAGCUGAUCUCUCCUGUCAGCAGCACUGCAGUGCAAAGUGUUGACAAGGUCACCUGUGGUGCCUUUGUAUUCUAAAAACAUAACUAUGAAAAAAAAAAGCAAAACAACCUGCUGGGCUCUUUGUUUUUUUCAGCAGCAGUUGUGGUUCACAAGCAGCAAACAGCUUUCCACUUGGUGUUUUCACCUGUGAAGUGAAAGUCCUGGCGUACAGAGGCCAAACUGGAUUUUCUCAGCUCUGCCAUUACAUGCUUCAAAUAUAUUCUAUUCCUGAUGUAAAUCUGAUGGUGAGGAUUGUAACUACAGACUCACAGGUGUUUGUUCAUGGAGCACUGGAAGCGUUGCUUUAGUAAAGGCAAUAAGGAAGCAGCAUUCCAAACCACAAAAUGUUGGUAGUAGGCACAAAAUGUAUUUUCCCAUUCAAGACAGAACUUUACCAGUUCUGUCUUGGGGAAGCAGGCCCCUAAAAUUCCCCACUAAAGGAAGAAAACCUGACCUGGUAUUCACACCAGAGCAACUGAUUGGAAGGGUGUGGUCAGGUGUAAAAAUUGUACUUCUUUCUGUAAAUUUUAUAUUUAGAAGUUAUGUGGUUCUAAAUGGAAGUCCAAAAAAUCAGUUUUCUGAAUUUAUUUUGUAAAAUUCCUUGCUGUUCUGGACAAGUAGCUGAAUUUUUCUUUGAUUUGUGGAUCUUUUACAAAGUGACUAAGAAGUGUGGGAUUUUCUUGUUGUUUAAGACAUACACAAUUAGAAGCUAGUGGGACAUGGUUAUUUUUAAUUUUCUCAAGCUGGUAGGCUCUGAGCUAAUGGCACUGUUAUUACAGCUAAUUUUCUGACUAUUUUCUGCACUUUAAGCCAUGAUAUCAAGUAUGUUUUUGUCAUUUUCCACCUGUGGAAAUGGUCAUGAAAGUUACACCUUGGGUACCUUUGUCACUGUGUACCCAGGCAGUAACCAGACACAAACACAUGGAUCUAAACAUUGAGUGCACUUAAAAUUUUUUAUCCCUUAUUUAUACUAACUAUGGUGUUAGGCAUUUACCUCAAUCAUUUUAAACAUUGGUUAUUGUGUAUCACCUAUUUGGGUAUAAAAUACUUUCAUGAAAUAAAAUAUACUCAAUUGUUGUGGA